AUGAACGCGUUUGCUCCCUUCAUCAGCGACCGCGCGCUGGGCCCCCGCGGCUCGCCACCCCCAGAGCCCCUGGAUGCGGACGUGGCUGCCCUGGCGCGCCACCUGCAGCACUGCGCGGCGGCCAGCGACACACACGCGGCCCGCCAAGCUUACGUGACCUUCUUCAGGCGCUGCCUCUCGCGGCGCUCCAUGGACGCGCCGCUUCUGACGCACACCAGCGUAGAGGCGCUCGUCGAGCAGCUUCAAGGUUGCUGCGGGUUUGCAGCCUGCUCCUCCCUGACGGUUCUCGACAGCCUCGUGUGA